AGUAAAUAAUGUCUAUAAUGUAAAACUAUAUACAGCUAAAGGGCAAAUCAAUGAGCAUUGAUCGCUAACUGCCGCCCGACACAGUGCUUUCAACUCACAUCCGAAUUUAACUUUCAAGGAGGUUCAGAGUAAAGACUUUACCCUACAUCUGAGUCAUUAUAAUCACGUGACAUCUGUCUGUGAAGAAGAAGUAGGAAGGGGAGAACAAGGAUUCCUCUGAUGAGGGAUGCGACAACUUUUGCUCAAGACUCUGCAUCACAUCAGAAAAAACAAGGUACGAACUGGUUUCAUAGGCGGGACAGCAUGUAUAAUAAUCUACGGCUACAACGCUAAAGUCAGCCCAGUAAAGGUAGCAACUGCUCUUGUACGCACUGGACGAGCCGGUGGUUAUGUACUGAAAGCAGCGUCACUGUACAAAUACAGAACUUGGGGAGUAGCUGAGGAUGAUAAGGAGACAAUGUCCGAGAUUCAUAAGAAAACAGCAGAAGCAAUUUGUGACCUAUGCUCAGUGAAUGGCGGAUUGUUCAUCAAGGUGGGGCAACACAUUGGUACUCUUGAUUAUCUCCUCCCUAAAGAAUACGUCCAGGCGUUUAAGAUCUUGCAUGCAGGAGCCCCUGAAUCCUCACUAGACUCAGUAAAGAAAGUUGUAGCUGCGGAGCUGGGUGCCAAGCUUGAAGAUGUCUUCUCAGAGUUCGACCCUUCUCCUAUAGGGUCAGCUAGUUUAGCGCAAGUGCACCGCGCAGUGCUGCGGAGCUCCAACAAGGAGGUAGCAGUGAAGGUGCAGCACAGUACCGUCCAUGAGCACUCAAAGAUUGACACUGUUGUUAUCGAGUUCCUGGCAAAACUGAUGGACAAAGUAUUUCCGGAAUUUGAGUUUGAUUGGUUGAUCGACACGAUAAAGAGAAAUCUACCUAAAGAACUAGACUUCGUGCAAGAAGGACAGAACUGUGAACACGUUUCCAUGCUAUUUAAUGAUACUCCCUUCAUGAAGGUCCCAAAGAUAUACUGGGAGUUUACGAGUAGACGUGUACUCUGUAUGGAGUACAUUGUAGGGGGUAUGGUGGAUGAUGCUGAAUACAUGAAAGCAAACGGUAUCAACAAAAGCGAAGUUCUCGGGUACCUCUCUAAGAUAUUCAGUCAGAUGAUUUUCGAACGUGGCUACAUCCACUGUGACCCCCACCCUGGAAACGUGAUGGUACAAAAGGUGGAGGGUAAAACUUGUUUAGUGCUGCUAGACCACGGCCUGUAUCAGACACUGACCGACGAUUUCAGGAUUAACUACUGUAAACUUUGGCAGGCACUACUGAAAGGAGACACGGAACGAAUUAAAAAGCAGGCACAGCGGCUAGGAGUGGGUAAAUACUACGGAUUAUUCGCGUGCAUGGUGGCCAGCAGAACCUGGGAUGAUAUUACUGGUAGUGGUAUAACUGAUAAGAACUCUAAUCUUGAUGUGAACAGGCUUCAGGAAGAAGCAGUGAGACAAAUACCGGAAAUAUCCCAAGUAUUAAAUUACAUACCACGACAGCUCAUACUAAUCCUCAAGACAAACGACCUUCUCAGGGGGAUAGAAUGCUCGCUGCUAAACCGUAACACACAAGGAGUCGGCACAUUCCUCAACAUGGCCCGGUACUGUCUCUCCGCGCUCACCACUCACAAACUUCACAAAUCUACCUCCCUCCGCAGAACGGCUGUUAUCUACUACACCUACACUGUGUGUAUGGUUAAGUUGAGACUCCUCAGGUUUCUCUACUGGGUCAGUUUGACUAGGGUGGGUGGUUAUUGUGAAAAGUUUCUGCCGUCACAUGUGGCUUUCUGAUUGGUUGGUUUACGUCACGUGGAGACAGUAUUGUGUUCUGAUUGGUUGGUUGGGUCACGUGGUGACAGUACUGUGUUCUGAUUGGUUGGGUUGGGUCACGUGGUGACAGUACUGUGUUCUGAUUGGUUGGUUUGGGUCACGUGGUGACAGUACUGCGUUCUGAUUGGUUGGUUUGGUCACGUGUUAAAUCUGCUCAUCCAAAUUGAAGUUAUAAUAUCUGGCAGGACUAGGCUGAUUCAUAUAUUUUAUUUAUUAUAAAGCUUUAAAAAGUUUGUUUAAUAAAUAGGGAUUAAGAUGUUUAAGCUAUCAAAACUGCCAGCUAGGGUAUCGGGAGAGAUCUGUUACGUUCUGUUACGUUCUGUUAAGUUCUGUUAUAUGAAAUUAUGAUUAGAGAUUGAAGUGGGGUUAAGAUUCUGUAAACAACAACAUUUCUUUUGUUGCAUAUAAUGUUGCACAGUGUACUGGGUGUGUGUUCUAUUUGUCCAAGUUUGUGUUAAGAGGAUGUAGCGACAUUCCUAUUGUAUAGCAUAAUGACAAUCUUAUUACACAUAAAAUAUCAUUCAUUGUUAACUUUGCAUAUAAUUAGAUCGUUAGUGUUGUUUAUGAUUUAGAGGUCAAUAUAUUCACUUUUAUACUCUAAACUGAAGGUUUCAUUAGUCAUAAACCAGAAAUUAAGUUUUUAUAUUAAAUACAGUUAGCAUUUGUAAACAUUUGUAUCUUGUUUUUCUUACUAGUUACUAUCUUAUUUAAGCAAUUCGUUUAAGAAAUUCAUAACUUUCAGAAACACCCAAUACAACUCUAUAUAGGAAGUAUUUUUUCAUCGUAAAAUUGACCACUUAUUUCGUCAUUCAAGCAAAAAUCAUGGUCAUUGCUCAUUCCAUCCUUUCAAUCUUCAACCUACAUUUUUCUAAGAACUCAUUUCUGUUCCGUACCAUCGGUCAUUAAGUCAAACUUUUAACUUCCUAAAACAGCUCGAUUUGUCUUCCGACACAGUGUGGAGUUACCGUUGUAUGUGAUUCUUGUCAUAGAUUUAACAAUAAUUUGAUUUAUAUAUCCGAUCGGUGUUAUCACAAUGAUAAGUCUAAUACACCUUAUUUUCUUGAGGUAUGUGAUGAUAUUGUGUUUGUUCGUUUGAUUGGCGUGUGAACCUGUAACUGAUAAAAUGUUUUUAUUCGCUGAAUAUUUUCUUCGUUUUACUUCCUCACUUCUACCAUAAUUUGUUGAAUUAGACCUUUGAUUAAAAUUGAGUGAUCUUUGAGAUAAAGUCAUAAAGACAAAAGUUGAAAGUUGAAAGUCAGGAUCAAGUAUCACAUGUCUAUUGUCUUAUGAUAUAGCCUGAUACGACAAUUUCAUUCUAGGCUCCUAAUGUUGUUUUGAUUUCAUGAACUUUGUAACCCUUCAUGGUGCCUUAAUUAGCUCAAUUAUUGUGGGACCUUCGAAAAUAAUAUUGUCUUCUAUUUUUUAAUUACAUUUUGUGAAAAUGCUGAUAUGAGAUCAAAUACUAAAAUAUUUAUAAAAACUAAAAGCUGUGUCAAAAUAAGGACAAAAUUUUGAGC